AUGGCGGCGCCUGAUAGCAUACGGAGUCUCCCAUGGCUCAUCUGGGCUGUAGCGAUCUUCGGGUCCCUCUCCUCCGCAGGGUUCGGGUUCGACCAAGCCUGGUGGGCGAGCAUCAUGAGCUCCCAGCAGUUUGCCCGUCGGUUCGGACACUACAGCCACCCUCAAGAGAUCUGGGUGCUGAGCGACCGGCAGCAAUCGCUGGGCACCGGACUGGGCUAUGCCGGGGUCAUCCUGGGGCUUCUGUGUGCCACCCCGUUGAACGAACGGUUCGGCCGCAAGAAUAGCCUGUGGAUCCAGUCGGCCGUGGUGAGCGUGGGCGUGAUCAUCGAAUCCACCUGCCAGACGAGCUACGCCCAGUUCCUCGUGGGCAAAGCCGUCGUCUACUUCGGCGGCGGCAUCGCCUCCAACGUGAUCCCGGUCUACCAGGGCGAGUGCGCGCCCCAGGCUCUCCGUGGGGUGAUGGCAGGCACGUACAACGUCUUCCUGAUGGUCGGCGGCCUGGUGGCGGCCCUCAUCGUCUACCUCUGUCGCCACAUCCCCAGUGACUGGGCCUGGCGCGGAGUCGUGGUGGCGCAGAUCGCCAUCCCGCUGCUGAACUGGAUCAGUCUGCCCCUUCUUCCCGAGUCACCGUACUGGCUGAUGCACCGCGGACGCCUCGACGAAGCCGGGGCCAGUCUGGCUCGACUGCGCGGCAUUCCCCUCGCGGACGCCCAGGUCGAGGUCGCUCGCCUUCAACAGCAACAACAACAACAACAGCAAUCGCAAAAGCCACAGCAGAAUCAAGCGCAGCAUCCCGACGAGUCCUCCUCCUGGGCUGUCUGCUUCACCAACCCCAUCUACCGCCGCCGCACGGCCAUCUGUGUCGGGGCGCAGGUCUUCCAACAGGCGCAAGGCAUCUCCUUCGUCGCCAACUACCAGGCCGUCUUCCUGCAACAGAUCGGCUUCCGCCAGGUCCUCCUGAUGUCCGUGGUUGUAUAUGUCAUCGGGAUCGCCGGCAACCUCACGGGCGUGGCCGUCACCGACCGUCUGGGCCGGCGGCUCGUGCUGCUGGUCUCCGCCGCUCUGCUGGCCGCGUGUAUGCUCACCAUCGGCGGGCUGACGUGCACGCCGACCGACAGCUACGGGAGACAGGUCGGCGCGGUGGUCAUGCUCAUGCUGUGGUUCUUCACCUUCCAGAGCACCUGGGGCCCGUUGGCGUGGGUGAUCACGGCCGAAGUGCCCCCGGCCGCCGCGGUGCGGGAGAAGAUGGUCACCCUGGCGGGGUUUGCGGCGUACGGCACGGGGCUGGUGAUUGUGUUUGUGAACCCGUAUACGCAGGCGGCGAUCGGCGGCAGCGUGGCGUUUAUCUAUGGGGGAUUGUCGGUGGUGGCGACGGUGUUCGUGUGGUUGGUGGUGCCGGAGCUCAAGCAGCGGUCGCUGGAGGAGAUCGAUGAGAUGUUCGCCGAGCGGGUGUCGGCCAGAGCCUUUGGGAGGUAUCAAUGCCAGAGCAUGUUGUCCAGGAGGGACGUUGAAGGGAAGACAGGGUCUUGGCAGGAAGAAUGCGUUGAGGAGCUGUGA